ACCACGACUUAAUGCACGACUUGAGACACGACAGGAGGCACCGUCAGUACCCGUUGUUCAGUAGCAGCACGAGGGACUUCACUUGGAUCCAUGGCUGUGGUCACGUUCGAGCUGCUGGUGGUCACGUUCGAGCUGCUGGUGGUCGUGCUGACUGGGACUCUGCUGCAGGGUCCAAUCCCGGAAUGGGAUGUGAUCGAUGGAAAUCAACUUCUUAAUUUCUACGAGGAGGGGCAGUUGUCUGGACCGCAAAGUUUGACCUCGACAGAUGACAUCAGUGACUCUGAUGAUGCAUUUCCUGAUGUUGAAGGUGCUGCCACCAGUGAAAACUACAACCCUCUUGCCGACCAUGUAUUCCAGGUGCAAUUCGAAGAUUCCCCUCCAAGAAGCUUGGGCCGCGGUACCACUAGUGAAUUUGAAGCUUCCCCUCCAAAAGACUGGGACAGCUUUGGCGGUGGUGACUUUGUAGAUGUCCCUCCAAGAAGCUUGGACAGCGGCACCAAUAAUGCAUUUGUAGAUUCCUCUUCAAACGACUGGGCCAGCGCUGACGACGACGACGAAGAUAAUGAUGACUUUGUAGCUCCACCUCCAAGGAGCUGGGCCAGCAGUACCAUUCCUAGUUUUUCUGGGUUAACUGUAGUUUGUUGUAAAGUUGGCUUUGCGAUAACUCUGACCGGUUCACUAAGUGAAGUCAAAAUUUUGGGCCCAAUGGAAAUGCUGUCUGUCAUGGAUGCUCCAGAGUCUUGUGGUUAUGGAGUGAAUGCUCUCAAGAACACCUUUACUGUGCCCUUCACUGGGUGCCAUGUGAAACAUACUGAUGGCUACAGCCUGCAGUUGUUGUUUGCCGAUGACUUUGGUCAAACACAAUUUGCUACUGCGUUCUGUAAGGAAACUUUACAGUUAAGACAUAGCUUCAGUAGCCAACCCAAAAUUUGCCACACUCCAGCACCUGUAACCCCAGCAUUAAAUUGUGCUGUCGCCUCCGGGGAGAGGGUGACUUGUGGAGCCUCAGGACUAUCUUCCUCAGACUGUCGGAAGAUGGGCUGCUGUGUAGAUUAUCAUGUCUGCUACUACCCGCUGGAUGAGUGCACUGGAGAUAAAUACUUUGUUUUUGCCAUUCGCUCAAACUCUGUGUCCACCACUCUGGACCCUACCAAUCUUGUUAUUCCUGGGAAUCCAAGUUGUACACCAGCCAUUAUGAAUGCCGAAGUCGCCAUCUUUAAGUUCAGAGUUACAGAAUGCGGAACUCGUUCUUAUAACGUUGGUGAGACGACAGUCUACCUUGCCGAAGUGCAGACAGUUGUCAAAGCUUUGAAUCUCAAGUAUGGUGUAAUUAUUAGAUCUGAUCCAAUCAGGUUUAUGAUUGAAUGCCGCUACAGCAAAACAGGCCCUGCUCAACAGUCAUUUGCCAGUGCUGGCUACAUAGUCGUGACCCCGAGUUCCAGCUUGCCAACUUACGUCACUGCCACUGGCUUGUAUAGUGUUGAAUUGAGAAUUGCUAAAGAUGUGACUUAUUCAAGUUACUUUGCUUCAACCAGUCUGCCUUUGCGACUGCUACUCGGCAAGCCGGUGUAUCUUGAACUGUACCUGAAGUCUCCAAAACCAGAUGCAGUAAUUAUUGUCAACUACUGUGUAGCUUACCCUCGCUCUGCAAGAAACGCUCUGGUGCUUGUUUAUGAAGGGUGUGCCAAUCCUUUUGACUCCAAUGUGUCCAUCCUUAAAGUCAGUGGCUCUACCACAAAUCGUAACCGGAGGCGCUUCAUGGUCCUGGCCUUCCAGUUUAUGAAUCAAAACACAAACCAGUUCCUUGAUGAAGAAAUCUACUUUAUGUGCUCCACUGAAGUUUGCAGGACAGCAGAAAAGACUUGUGCAGAACGUUGCUUUGAUGGAAAGGCACCAUAAGGAUUUGCAACUGGAGACCUUACAGUGGAUGAUGAAUGCAAAAAACAAAUUAAAGUUUUAUAUAAUUUAUAA